CCCAGGACCCCUACAGAAAAUAUUUCCAGAGACCGUCGCCAUCCCACCAACGGCAGAUUACCACCCGAGCCUAGCCCAAACCUCAGAUUGCCGACACAAACAUGGCGGACACAAGCGCACGAAAGAGAAAGCGCGACCUUGACGGUUCAUCCAAGUCCAAGAAGAAGCAGGCCACCGAGCCUUCCACAGUUGUCGUUUCCUCAUUCCAGAGACCUCAGCUCUGCCCGCCAGUACUAGCCUCUACUCCCGGUAUCCGGAUAGCGAAGAAUGUGCAGUUCAACCCAUACGUCAAGCAAGAUGUCUCAUCCGCCAAGCGACGGUCAAAAACCCCCGCAGUGUCGCAGGAUCUCGUUCUACACUCCACCGACCACCAGACGAUGGAUUACACGGCAAGAGAAGAUGGCAUUAGCGACAGCCAGCAGGCUCUGAAGCACUACGUCGGCAUUUACGACCCCGAGACCGGCAAGCUUCAAGUGGUGGAGGCGAAGAAGAUGGUGGUUCGUGGUGUGGCCAGAGCAAAGCAUGCGUCAGAACAGGCCAUGACAGCGCCGGCAGAUUACAACAGCUAUUACGAUCUCAAGAAAGACCUUGGUCAGACGUUUGGUACCAAGAAGGCGAAGAAGGCCAUCGAGUCGGUCGCUCUCAACGCCAUCGACCCCAACAAAACAAGAGACAGCGCACCCAAGAAGCUCGACACGGCAUCAAAGGCGAUCAUGGAAGCGAUUGGCGGCGCCACCGCGACAAUGGCAUCGCGCGAGAAGCUGCAAGCCGUCGUCGACGAAGCCAAGCCCGUACCCAGGCCCAACCUCGAAGCCGAAGCAAUCCAGGACGUCUACGACCCCGACGAGUUCAUCGGUCGCGAGAUCCUGGCGGCGAUCCCCGUCAAGGACUGGAUCGACCCGGCAAAGAAGGGCGAGGAGGUUCUCUGCUACUCUCGGCACGUGGCAGGCCGCGUCAAGAAGAUUGCCGACUCGGGCAACGUCACCAAGAUGCGCCUCCUGCGCUACUUUUACUUCCUCUUCACAUUCUACACCAUGGCGACGCCGGGCAAGCAGCGCGGCACGAAGCGUAUACCACCCCGCGACAAGCUCAAGGAGCGGAUGGAGCCGGCGCCGCAGGUGGUCAUUGAGCACAUCCGGCGCAAGUUCUCCGACGGCGGCGAGAUGCGCAAGUUCCACAUGGACCUGCUCAUCACGCACUGCUGCGCGGUGGCGUGCAUCAUUGAUAACUUUGAGGUGGAGACGUCCAAGCUGCGUGAGGACCUGCGCCUCGACCAGAAGGAUAUGAAUAACUACUUUUUCGAGAUUGGCGCCAAGGUGAAGCAGGGCGCCUCCAAGGAGAAGGGCGUCAAGGCCCCGCACGUGGCCAAGCUCGCCCUGCCGCUCAACUUCCCCAAGCUCCGAUCUGUCGCGCCGAAACGCCGUUAGGGUGGCGAAGCGGGCGACGGCGACGAGCCGAGGACGCCGGAGAGGAGGCGGCUUCGCGAGAUGAUCAGGGUCAGAUCGGUUUGACUGUUGCAGACGGAUAUGGAGCCGACUCGCCGGCGGAUGUUCCUGUGGCAUUGUGAUGAGGUUGAGAAGGGGGCUUAUUCCUCAUCUUUGAGGUUUAGGAGGCGGAGUCGGAGGCCAGGGGAUGGAUAUCCACAAGACGAUGGGUGUCUGCUGCUGCUGCUGACACUCAUGAUGAUACACAUUCCUACCUUACGUACGCGAUACUUUAAAAGUAGACGAGCGCACAAUGACAAAACGCUACGCUGCAUAGGGUUCGGAGUUUAAAAUUUAAAAUUAUUCACAAC